GACGUAGGCUGUCUGCGCCGCGAAGCAAGAAGGACAAUAUGGCGGUGGCUCAGCCGAGGCUAGAGAAAGAGGGCGAUGACUGCUCUUUGCUGCCCUUGGUUCAUGACAUUAUCAAAUGGUAAGAUUACCGAGGGGUUAAUACGUGCUCUUUGUUCACUUGCAGCUCCGCGGAAACCAGUUUAUGUUUCGUAAAAAGGCAUUAAGGCAGUGAUGCUAAACCUGCUGCUAGCUCAAAGCUAAUGUUUAUACCAUAGACUGUAUAUACUAUAAACUAUUCUAUAUACAUACAACCAUGCUUAGUAGAAAACCCAGUAACAGUUGGCUUUCUGCUCAUAACCCUCUAUAAGCAAAAGCAUACACGCGUUGAAAGGAGAUGCUAAACUCGAUCUUUGUUUGAGAUAUUAAUUUUAAUCACACCGAGGCAAAACGUUACAGUCUUCCAAACUGACAUAAACGGCUCCAAUACUGAGUCUUGUUUUUAGGGGAGAAUGGGGUCAGUUGAGCCACCCCCUGUUGUUUGGAAAUGGUCAAAGAAAUUGAUCAUGUGACCAAAUAUUUAGGAGAUGGGCAUCAAUUCAUGGAGUCUGUGAAGGUUAGAAGUACAUGGGUGAAGAGGUUAGACAUGUUAAAAUGUCUUUUUACAAAACAGCUUUUUAGCAGGUAUGUGCAAUAAAAAUAAAAAGAAUUAUUGUACCAGUUGAAUAGCAUAUAAAAGAGACACAUAAAUGUGAAGAAGUGACUGUUAUUUAGGGAAAGAGAAGGUGAGGGAGGGCUGGAGUAAAAGUUGGGGGGGUUGUAGGGUUAUGGCUCAACUUACCCCAUACACGGGUUAAGUUGACCAUAGGAGACCACUUUUUUUGGCAUGCUGUAUUAUAAAGCCAGUUAAGAGUGCCCUUAUAUAUUUCUUUUAUUGCAAAUGAUCAUUUUAUUCGAAGUUCUUUUUGUUUAUUUUAUGUCAUUUUAUUAAUUAUCCCUUUUCUUCGUCUUUUUCUUAAUUCCCGUCAUAGGUUUUUACUUCUUUUACCCCUUAUAGAUGGUAAAAAGCUCUUAUUUAUCUGUUCAUUUUAUAUUAUUUUCUUGUUUUAGUCCAUCAGAUUUUAGUCUUUCUUUCUACCGUUUUUAUUUUUAUCUCCAGUGUCUCCCAGAGGUAGCUCUUUCCUUACGUAAUGUCUCGGUGUCAGGCCAGGUCUCUUUAACAAUACAUCUUUAACAAUAUAUCUUAAAUUCUCACACUGUGUGCGUAUGUAUGUGUGGGUGGGUGAGUGAGUGAGGGUGGGUGUGUGUCUUUGUGUGCAUGUUGGUCCAUUGGUGGGUGUGUGGGUUUGAGGGUCGGGUUUUAUUGUUGUUAAUUGUUGUUUUUAGCCUCUGUGAGGCACUUUGAACUGCAUGUUUUGUCUGAAAAGUGCCAUAAAAAUAAGGUUGAAUUUAAAUUUAUGUUACAAAACUAUGAUUGCCUUGAUGUAGUGAUCUGAAAUAUGAAAAAUGGUUCAUCUUACCCCACUCUCCCCUACCCAUCUCUCUCUGUAAGCAUGGACAAGGACAGCCAGGAUGUCCAUCAAGAACUUGCUAAGCUGAAGUCAAGGAUCCAGGAGGCCCGGGAGCAGAUCUCCAACAUGCCCGGGAUAGACAGCAGUCCGCAGGAGCAGCAACAGCAGCUGUCCACUCUGCGGGAUCAGGUCCGCACCAAGAACCAGCUCCUGCAGAAAUACAAAAGCCUGUGCAUGUUUGAAGUGCCCAAAGCAUCAUGAAAGGGAGGCUGCAUCACUGAGCUGACGGACUGGAGAUCAGGAGGGAUGUGUGUUUUACCUGAACACUCAUGGAGCAGAAUCAGGAGUUUGAACACAGAAGGACUACUUUUCUGAUGCUGCACUGUAUUUCUUUAUUUUCCUGAGUAGGACAGUCUUACCUUUAUAAAGAGAUUUGUCAUACAUUGCAGGAUUGUUGUUUUGUUUGUUUAGAAUCUGUUAUUUUCAGUAUGAAUUUGUCUUGUUUAUCAGGGCAUAUCUCUGUUUUGUAAUAAAACUUGUUCAUUUUUUAAACAAA